CGGCUUGUCCGGAGGAACGAGACGGCUGCCUGCCUGCCUGCCUGCCUGCCUGCCUGCCUGCCUGUCUGCCUGUCUGGGCGUCCUCCCUCCCCGGUCAACAAACACUGACAGAGGCCGCGGCUCUUUGAGACAAGCUAUGAGGAGCGCGCCGGCGCCUGUGGCCGAUCCCGCAGCGGCACCAUGUUGCUUUGCUGCAGCGGGCGACGGGUCCUGAGCCCAGCCACCGUCGCCGCGCCCGCCAUGUAUGCCGCCCGCCUGUAUGGUGCCGGGGGAGGGGGCGGAGUCAGGGCAGGGAAGAGGGGAGGCCUGGCCGUGCUAGAGGCGCCGCCCCCCCAGCCUCACCAGCACCGAGCGCCGCCUUACCAGCUGUACCCGGCGUACCCGGGCCCCCGAGGAGUCCGCUUUCAGCCGCACCCGCAAGCCCCGCCGCCGAUGCAGCACCAUUGGCAGCCCCGUGCUCACCUUCACGUGCAGAUGGGCUGCAAGAAGAAGACGUGGAAUUUCAUCCACGAGAAGAUGAGCUACGACACCUUCUUCACCAUGAAGCGACUCAUCGAGCGCUCGCGUCGCCCCGACGAGGUUCUGCGCUGGCUGGCUCAGAACCCGGCCAAGAUCUCUCACAAUCACUACGCCAUCGCGUUGCACAAGAUCGCGCAGCUGCUGCAGGUGGCGCCGCCGCCGCCGCCCUGCAACGGUGCCGAGGCUUCGGCCGCGUGCGGCCGCCGGGUCCUCGAGCAGCAUGACUUCUUGUUGCUGUGCGACGCCAUCGUCAACGACUGCGCCAACUUUGACAACUUCAGCAUCGUCAACUGCCUGUACGCCGCGGCGGCGCUCGGACUUCCCGGCGACUGUCCGGUGGUGGCGGCCUUGGAGGCGGAGUGUCACAGCCGCCUGGCUCAGUUCAACCAGAAGGACGUGUCCAUGGUAUUCAGUUCCAGCAUCAAACUGCACCCGGGCAGCCAGCACCUGCUCACCGAGGCCUGCCUGCCGGGUCUGGAGAAGAAUCUGGAGCGAGAGCGCCACCCGCAGACGCUCUUCCUGCUGCUGUCCUACUACCGCCUCAAAAGGCGCUCUUCGCCGCUGCAGGACGCGACCAGGACCGACGUCAAUGACAAGGCGGCGCCUGACCCCCAACAGGUUCUCGCUAACAGAAAGAUCCUGCGUCUGGUCAAACACACGCUGGCCAGCGUCAGCGGAGUCCGCGAUCAGGAGCUGGCGCUGUUGGACGAGAUGCUGGCAGCUUGCGCCAGGGAAGCCAACAACAAGAGCCUGGAAUUCAUCUUCAGCUCGCACCUCUUCUACCAAAACAGACAGGAAAGGUUCAUCAGAAGCCUGGCGGAGCUGCCAAAGAAGGAGGACAGCCUGAGCGCGAGCACCAUGUCCCUGAUCUCAAAGUAUGUGGCGCGCCAUCGUCUCCGGGAGACGCCAUUACUGGACGCCAUCGCCAACUUCCUCGUCAGGAAGGCGGAGCAUCUGGACAGCAAGGUGAUCCAGAAGCUGGUGUUUCCCUUCAGCAGGAUGAGUUACCGUCCAUCCAAUGAGGAGGAAUUCUUCCGAGUGCUGGAAGAGGUUCUGGAAUCCAAAGCUCUGAGCUCUCCUCUGGCCACCGUCAACAUCCUGAUGUCGCUCUUCCAGCUGGGUCGCUUCCCGGGUGCCGUCCUGCACCGCGUUUUCUCACCCGCCUUCAUCAGCAACGUCACAAACAGCCCCUACGCGCUUAUCGUGCGCCGCUACCUUUCCUUGCUGGACGCCGCCCUUCAGCUGGAGCACCCCCACUACCAGGGCCCCCGCCUGCACCCCGACCUCAAGGUGCUCAUGUUCCACCACGCCCUGACGGCCGACGAGGUCAACCGCAAGUACAGUUAUAAAGGUGUCGUGGCCGAGGCCCUGAGGCAGCUACUUGGAGAAGAGAACUACAAGCAGGACCAAGUACUUCCUCCCGGGUACUACGCAGACUUCGUGUUGUGGAUGGACUCGUCGGGUCGGGUUCUUCCCAUCCGGUCGAGCGGAGCUUCGGUCCCCGCGUCCGGUGGGGACUCCGCGGGCGCUUCGCAGGAAGUCGACGACAUCCACAGGUUGUCGAAUUCUUUCGCCGCGCUGGACACGGGCGGUCAGGAGGCUUCUGAGACCAUAGGGGGCGCUGCGGGGCCCGAGCCUGCCUUUCAUCCUCAGCACGUGUACAGCCUGGCGGGGGGCGCUGGCGGCGGUCCCCCGGACUUCGCCCCCCAGUACUACGUGCCCAUCGUGGAGUACUACUCAGGCGUGGCCAAAGAGCACUCGAUGGAGAGUCAGAACAGCUCUACGCUCAGCAGCCCUCCCGCUGACGGGACGCUCCCGCCCGGGGACCCGGGACCCGGGGGCGCUGAUGACGCCGCCGCCCCCGCCCCCGCAGACUCCCUCUUCCAGUUUUCCAUCGGGAAGAUCCUGGAAGAAGAGGGCAGCGCAGGCUCCGCCGCCGAUCAGGGGACGGAACGCCAGCUGUCGGGCUUCUACGAGGAGGCGGUGCCGAGCGACGGGUCCACGACCCGGGGGGGUUCGCCGUCGCCGCAGCACUUCGGGACAAAGGAGCCGAGCCAGCCCGCCCGGCCCCCGGUGGAAGAAACGCAAAUAAGGAGGCUGGUGAUCUCCGUGAACGACAAGUGGCACUACUGCCACAACUCGGACGUGCUGGUGGGAUCUCGCGCUAUGAGGGACCGCCACCUGAAGCUGCUGGGAUACGCCAUCCUGCAGCUCCCCUACCACCAGCUGGAGAAGCUGAACGGCGUCGAAGAGGUUAAGACGUAUCUCCGAGGCAAACUCCACGAUGCGUCGCCGUGACGCGCGUCCGCAAACAGUUUUAGAAAAUGUGACAAAAUGUCCACGGCGGUGUACAAUUGCCUGUUGGCAGCUUGGCGGGAAGGGACUGGACGCUAAACGCGAUCUGUGGUUUAAAAAAAAAGGUGUGUGGUGGGAAUGGAUGGAGUGAAAGCUCAGAUUAUUUAUCUG